AUGGGAUACAACGUCGUCAACUGGGAGAUGAUACGCACAAAGGAGGAAUUGAUAGAGAAAUUGAGCUUGGAUGGUGCUGAGAAUCAAUACGUGAUCAUGAACAACAUGGUAGAUGGGAGGGCCUGUUACAAACCUAGCGGCAAGGUAAACGAGUAAUUAAACGUAUUUACAUGAUUUAUGAUUACUUAACAGUAUAUAACAAAACCGUACGUAAAGAUUAUGAUAUGUGUAUGUGGUUGUUGUACAGUACAAUGUAGUUUUGCAUGCAGCACCACUAUUCUCACAAACUUGUUCGCUUUGUAUUUACUGUACAUAAUAAUAAUUUAAUAAUAAUUAAAUAAUAAUUAUUAAUGAAUAGUUCGUUUGAUUUAUAUGUUUAUAAGGGAUGGACUGUUUUGCAGUUGAAUGAUAUUUUAACAGAAUAGAAGUGUAACAGAAGUAAACCACAUUACAUCUUAUACAUUAUGACAUGUUUUUAACACAAAUUUAAUGUUUCCAUGCAAAUGUUUUGGAUCCUUCUGAUUCUGGUAAAGCAUCAAAUUAAACGGAACUUUAGAUUGAUUCUUUUAUGAAACUAUAAACGAUGCAGAAUAGAGUACAAUUUGCGUCGAUGUACGUGUUGUGCUUUUUCUGUGGCAAGCUACCUGUGACUUUGAUAAAUUUUUCAAAAUAACGCUUUAAUUGUUUUUAACUUAACUGAACGUUACACAUUCGACGCAUAAACCAAUCGCAUGCAUAAUUGACAGAAACAGUCUCGAAGCUCGUUUUAAUAAUUUCGCUCGAAUCCGAUUAUAUGCGCGCUAUUAAUUAACCCUUUCAGGGGCACAAUUAAACGACUCAGUGGAUUUUUGCGAAAAUAUGUAGUUUUAUGUUUUUCUGAUCGCUGAUUACGAAUCUGAAGUCGGAUUUACAAAAUUCAAUAUGGCGGAUCCAAUAUGGCCGCCGCUUUUUUACUUCUGGAGUCCGUUUUUUUCAAAAACGUGAUAAAACAUUUCUGUUUUCAGAUUCGUAAUCGAUGGAAAAAAUACUAUUGAAAUGACCUAUCACACUUUUAGAAGCAAGAUAAAGGAUUCCAAAUGUUUUACAUUGUUACAUAUUUACAUUAUUAUAUUUAUCUCAAUAUUAUUUAUAUGUAUCAUGAUUUUCAAAGUAAAAACCUCAACUUGUAAUAUUUUUUCAAUAUAUAAUUUCAAUAUAUAAUAUUUUGAGCAAAAGGUCAUGUUUCUCGCUUAUUUCGCAAAAAUAUAUAAUUGUUUAUUUAUUUAUAAAAAAAAUUGUACCUGCGAAAAAAUUUGCAAAAAUUAUAUAUGAUAGUAGGAGUAAUCUUUAGCUUCCCAUCUUCAUUUGUGUUGUCAGGGACGAAUUAAAAUGAAAAAAACGCUAUUUUCUAAACUUCAUUUGUUCAUAAUAAUUGUUAAUUAUUAUAAUAAAUAAAAAUAUCAAUGAAACUUGGAGGACAAGUAUUUAGAAGUCAGAAAAAUAAAAAGAUACGAUUAUUAUGGCCAAAUUAUAAGAGCAACAAUAAUAAAACUGCGGCAAUGUAAGUGGUACAUACAUGUGCCAGUGUCCCUGAAAGGGUUAAUCAGUCUUUUUUUGUUUUUUGUUUCUCAAGCGUUCAGUUAGUGGAUGUGAUUGGGAAUUGCAAUGCGCUUUAAUGUCCUGCUUAUUUUAUACAAUUUUAUGAGUUGCUAAUUAGACGCGUACAUCAUUUCCUUUUGUUUCUUUUAGUAAGCGUGAGCACACCGUGAGAGAACGACUUGUGUAGUUGGUUGCAAUAUUAUCCACAUCUGUGUCCUUCUGUCUCUUUCUUUCCCUUCUCUAUCUCUUCCCCUCCCCCUUUCUCUCUGUCUCUCUCUCUCUCUCUCUCUCUCUUGCCAACUACCUGACAUGCAUGGGACCUAACUUAUCAGUUACCGCGUCUCCGUUGUGCACUAGCAACGGUCGUCUCAUCGCGCACGUGUAUUCAUCGAGCACCGAUUAUCUCAGACGUGAAGAUCCUGAUUAACGUCGGACAUGACGAAUGAUAAACAGUCGUGGUUUCGCGGAGUCCGCAGCAGCAAAUUCCGCCACGUUUACGGUGUGCCAGCCAAGAGAGAGAAAUGCUACGACAACAUCAAGAUCACAAAGAAUGCCCACGACUCGCAAUUCUGCGCCGUAAAUCCCAAGUUUCUGGCUGUCGUGACGGAAGUCGCAGGUGGUGGAGCAUUCCUAGUGCUAUCGUUGGAUCGUACUGGACGUCUUGACUUCAAUGCUAGUCGAGUAACUGGACAUACUGGUCCCGUUUUGGACAUCAAAUGGAAUCCAUUCAAUGACAACAUCAUCGCAUCUUGUUCUGAUGAUUGCACCAUAAAACUUUGGCACAUACCUGAUGGCGGAUUGUCAAGAAAUUUAACCGAGUGGUUGGUGGAGCUACAAGGGCACAAACGACGCGUCGCUUACAUCGAGUGGCAUCCAGUUGCAGAAAAUGUACUUUUCAGCGCUGGUUUCGAUCAUCUCGUUAUUGUAUGGGAUGUAAAUAAAUGCGAGGCAGUGAGCGUCAUCGAUAGACAUCCUGAUGUCAUUUACAGCAUGUCUCUAAACCGUGAUGGCAGUUUAUUGGCAACCACUUGUAAGGAUAAGAAGUUACGCGUUUUUGAACCCAGAUCAGGUAUUGUCGUCUCGGAAGGAAUUUGUCAUGCUGGCACAAAAGCAAGUAAAGUAGUAUUCCUUGGCAGCUCUGGGCGUCUCUUGACUACCGGAUUUAGCAGACACUCGGAUCGACAAUAUGCAAUAUGGAGUCAACAUGACCUAACUGUUCCCUUGAUAUGCGAAACGAUAGAUUCAUCGAGCGGAGUGGUCUUCCCAUUUUUUGAUAAUGACACUAAUAUGGUUUUUUUAGCUGGAAAGGGGGACGGUAAUAUUAGAUAUUAUGAAGUAGUUAACGAAGCACCAUGGAUGCAUUACCUUAGUCAGUUCAUAUCUGGAAAUCCUCAGAGAGGGUUGGGAAUAAUGCCAAAAAGAGGCAUUACCACUGCUCUAUGUGAGGUGUAUAGAUUUUACAAGUUACAUGCAACGCGUGGGAUGUGCGAGCCAAUCUCUAUGAUAGUCCCUCGAAAGAGCGAUCAGUUUCAAGAAGAUCUGUAUCCCGACACAAUAGGCACGUGUCCUGCAUUGUCAGCUAAAGAUUGGAUCAGCGGUAUGAAUAGUCCGCCAGUUCUGAUCUCCCUUAAAACAGGUGGAAGCAUUUCUACACACAAGCCUCGGAUAUACAAGCCGCCGCAAUUACCGCCGACCACCGAUCUGAAUAAUAAGAAAAAGUUUGCGUUCUUAUCUACGGAAACCAUUCCCGAUUAUAGACCGGUGGAAUUGCACGACAUGUCGGAGAAAAGUCAGAAAACAUCCAGUAAUCAGAGCACGAAGUUUCAACAACUUCAACAAAAAUUUGGAAAUGUCGUCAUACAGAAAAAUAUGCUGUCAUCUCCGCUUAACGACAAUAAAGUUAUGGAAACUAUCGAUGUUCCGAACAACGAGGCGGAACUUCGAGUAGCAUUCGCUCGUCAAACCGACGAAUUGAGACUGGUACGACGGCAGCUCGCUAAUAGCCAACUGCGCGUCAAGGAAUUAGAGGACCAAAUACGAAAACUGCAACGCCAAUAAAAUAAACCUAUAAUCAAUAAUUACUUACAAAUUUGCUUUAAUAUUAGCUCGAACCAAAACUUUUGCAAUUUUGUCGCUAAACGUAAUCAUGAUAAGCGAUUGAUACUUUGUAGAGCAUUUGUGUACACUUGUGUGCGUGUGUGUGCUAAUUGUAAUGAAGCGCCUAAGCUUUUUAGAAUUUUCUACCGAGACGCUUGAGGCUGCUAGUUUACCCGCAAAAACGUAUUUGCAUAGAACAAAUUUUAACAACAAUUUUCUAUUUUUCCCCGUUAGUUUACAAAGAAGAAGCUACCUUAAGGAAACGUAAAAUUGAUCACGUCGAUAUUUUUCACACAAAGAAUAGGAAAGAAAAAGCCGCGUUUAUUACAGAAAAAUUGUACCUGUUCGCAUACAUGCAUGAAUACACAAGUUGAAUUUGUGUAUAUACAUUUAAUGAAGAAUUAUAUAUGAUCAAGAAACUGAAAAAACAUAUAUAUAGCGUCUUUAUAUGAAUGACAACAUAAAAUUAAAUUACACGUCAAAAAACGUAUCCUGCUUUCUUGUACACGAUAUUGUAUACGCUGAUACUAGUCUGUUAGUUAACCGUUUAUUAGCUUUUACGUGCUUGCAAUUUUCGAUUACUAUUUAUAUUUAUCGAUUAUUUGAUAUUAAUAUAUUAUUUAAUAUAUUACUUACUCUUUAUACUCUAUGUAAGUGAACAGUAUAUUUUACCUUAUUAGAUUUUUUCUUUUUGUUUAUAUUAGAUUUAGCAGCAAAUAAACGAAAUUUUAUGAACAAACUA